AUGGCGGCGAUACCGCGCGUGUGCCAAUCUCUGUCUCCUGCUGAUAAAGUCCAGUGCUUGAUCACGCAGGAGAAGGUAGUGAUUUUUGCCAAACCGACUUGCGGAUUUUGCCGCAGGGCCAGGUCCGUGUUUGAGGACAUGCGCCAGCCGUACAUAUGGGUGGAUUUGACGCAGGAGAAAGACGGUGCGGAGAUUCAGUCCGUGUUGGCGGGCCUGACGGGAGCUAGAACGGUGCCACGCGUUUUUGUGCAAGGAAAGUGCAUUGGAGGUGGUUCUGAAACGGAGGCCAUGUUCAAGUCUGGAGUCUUGCAGCAACUGCUUUCUUGA